AUGACUUCCGGGGCCAAGCUCUCUUACCAGAGGCUGCAAAACGAACCAGAGUUUGACGAAGAAGUACUAGAGAGACAGGUGAAGAGUGCAAAGGCAUGGCUUAAAUUCAAGGCUCUAGCUGGUAGGAGAAGGCGAAAGCUUCAUGUUCCCAGACUGAAGAGAUUCCUCAGAAAAAGAAGCAAGAUUCUGCGUAGCUUCAAGGUCUCGUGGCGAAAAGCUCUGCACAGGCUCGAGAAUGGGCAGAAUCAUCUCAAUGAUCUCUUCGGGGGAAACUUCCUAUUUAUGCACUGCAAUCCCACUCCUUUCAGUUUGAGUCAUGGCCUUCAUAAAUCACCACCGACUUAUUCUAUGGGAAGGAUCUUUUAA